AUGCACGGGGUGGUUGACGGACAGCUAGCUGCUGCACCUCGUUCGUUCCUACAUUCACCAUUGUGGAGUCGGGCUGCUCCCAAACAGCCGGCCACCGUCAAGAUUCCUUCCCUCCCACACAGUGAAAGGCGGCCUGCUAACAUCCCGCUGCACACCCUCUCCCCGUCCGCCCGCCCACGAGACCGCGACGACGGCGACGACGACCAGGACGCUGCUUAUCUGCUCGACCAUCACGAUAAGGACAGCACUCACUCCUCCUUCGACACCCCCGACUCCGACUCCGACCUUUCCGUCUGGAGUGACACGGGUGAUCUUGUCGACCAGCUCGCCGACAGAGAGGACCCUCUCCGCAUCCGACUGCGCGAGUCUCUGGACCAAGGCCAGCCGUCGGGCCGCCGUCGAACCCAAAAGCGAGCUCGCUUUGCGUCCCAGCACGACUUGGACGAAAAGUCUUCUCGACCCAUUCGCAAAGAGGACAUUGAGAUUCCCGAUCCGGGUAUCCAAACCAUCUCCAGACCAGCCCGCAUUCUUGCUGCCAUCAUGGCACCCAACGAUGGACCCUCCCGUAUCCACGGACUGCAUGGAAAGAAGCUCAUAUACUUCACCAGUAUCUUUGUAUCAUUAGGUGUCUUUCUCUUUGGCUAUGACCAGGGCGUCAUGUCCGGAAUCAUCACCGGACCCUACUUCAAGGACUACUUCAACCAGCCAACCGCCGUAGAGCUCGGCUCCAUGGUCGCCAUUCUCGAGAUCGGCGCCUUCAUUUCCUCGCUCAUGGUCGGUCGCAUCGGGGACAUGCUAGGUAGACGCAAGACCAUCCUCUACGGAUCCCUCAUCUUCGUCGUCGGUGGAGCCCUGCAGACCUUUGCAACCGGGUUAUACAUGAUGCUCCUAGGCAGGAUCAUUGCGGGUCUGGGUGUCGGAACGCUUUCGACCAUUGUGCCCGUCUAUCAAUCCGAGAUCUCACCGCCUCACAACCGAGGCAGGAUGGGCUGCAUCGAAUUCACAGGCAACAUCUUGGGAUAUGCCGUUAGUGUCUGGGUCGACUACUUUUGCAGCUACAUCAAGGGUCACUGGUCAUGGAGAGUUCCUCUGGCGAUGCAAUGCGUCAUGGGCCUUCUUUUGGCCGGUGGCAGCUUGCUCAUUUGCGAGUCUCCAAGAUGGCUCCUGGAUAACGAUCAUGACGAGGAGGGCAUUGUAGUCAUUGCCAACUUGUACGGCAAGGGUGACAUCCAUAAUCCCAAAGCACGCGAUGAGUACAGAGAGAUCAAGAUGAAUGUGCUCUUGCAGCGACAAGAGGGGGAACGGUCCUACGCCGACAUGUUCAAGCGCUACUCCAAGCGCGUGUUUAUUGCCAUGUCUGCCCAAGCCCUUGCCCAACUCAACGGCAUCAACGUCAUCUCCUACUACGCGCCACUCGUAUUCGAGGAAGCCGGAUGGUACGGUCGCCAGGCCAUUCUCAUGACUGGAAUCAACGCCAUCACCUAUCUCCUGUCCACGAUUCCGCCUUGGUACAUUGUGGAUACGCUAGGACGCCGCAAAAUUCUCUUGUCUGGGGCGUUGAUGAUGGUCAUUUCGCUGUCCGCCAUAUCCUACUUCAUCUUCCUACAGGCCAGCUGGACGCCAAACAUGGUUGUCAUAUUCGUCAUGAUUUACAAUGCUGCGUUUGGUUACUCGUGGGGUCCCAUUCCAUGGCUAUAUCCACCAGAGAUUCUGCCUCUUAGCAUCCGAGCCAAGGGCGCUAGUCUUAGUACGGCUACGAAUUGGGCAUUUAACUGGCUGGUGGGCGAGAUGACGCCCAUUCUGCAAGAGCACAUUCAGUGGCGCCUGUACUUGAUUCACGCCUUUUUCUGUGCUGCUAGUUUUGUUAUUGUGUACUUCAUCUACCCUGAAACCGCAAAUAUUCGCCUGGAAGAUAUGAAUUCGCUCUUUGGAGACGCCACCACCGUUGUGGCUACGCCGCAAACCCUGGCCGAAGCAGAGUCACUCUUCAGCGGUGGUCGAGGCUCUCCCGUUCCGUCACUCGACAUCCAAGGCAACCGUCGUGCUGCAGAAGAUGCGAUUCCCUCGAUGGCUAUCGAGCCCCCGGAUAUGGAGAGCGGCAAAAAUAUGAGCAAAGGCCAGGCGGGGACUAGCGAGGGAAUCGGUGGCUGGAUCAGCAAUAUGGUCAAGAGAACGAAAGGGAACGGCGAGGGUGACAGCUCGGGCGGAAAAUACAAGCAAGUCGGACAAGAUGAGAAUUAA